UCCUCUUCUGCCAAUACUUUCUUCCUAAAUUUGUUUUCGAUGUCUUUUAUUGGAGUUUUAUGUUAGUUUUGUUUUUGUUAGGAUUUUUCAUAUUUUCUGAUAAGAAUCUUGUAUAGCAUGCAUGCUGGUCUAGUCAGUCUUUCGAUGAUUUGUUCUUUUUUUGAGGUUGGUUUUUUAAUUUUACAUAGAAAGAGGGAAAGCAGAAGGCAGAGAGAGCAAUGGAUAUAUGAAGGAAUAUUUGGGAGGAAGUUGUGCUCUAAGCUGAACAACCGGGGAGGGAGGGAGAGAAUGUCACGGGGAAGGGAGGCUCAUUUGCUUGAAAUUGAAGGCUCUGCGCUUAGUCUCCAUUUAGGCCUGUUGCCAAAUCCAAAACUUGAGAAAUCAGUUCUUUCAAUCUGCGUUAACACUUCUGCUCUAGCAUAUAUGAUUCCCCUUGGUUUUGGUGUUGUUGUAAGUUUUCCUCAGGUAUCAGAGAUUCUAACAAAAGUUUUCAGUAGAGACCACUACUAUGCAUGCUUUCUAAGGUUCGAACUAGGGUUUUCAAGUUUGGACUGAGACUUGAACAGGAGAUAAGUCUUCUACAUGAUAGACGACAUGGUAUUGAUGGACUGAGAGCAUAAGAGAGUGAAGUGGAUGAGCAUCUAUGACAUCAACAACUCUCUCAAGUUUAGACUCAUCAUUCCAAGAAAUUACGGGUUACCCUGUUCUCCCACUCAUCUUUCUUCUGUUAUAUAGUUUAUUUUCAUGUUGUAUGAAAAUAUAUGUCUAUGGUUUCAGCUAUUCCCACGGCUUGUGUGGGAUCUUGUGAAUAGUUUGUUUUCAUAAAUAAAGAUGUAUUUUAUGCAAUGUUAAGCUUGAAAAUCUCUUGUUUGGUUUAA